AUGCGGUCAUCCGUCAAUCCUGGUUCAAUAUUUUGGCACCCCAGAGGACAUCGGGACUCCGUGUUCUUCCCAGUAUCUGAACAACCAACGUCUCGCAGAAUGGCCAUGCACGCUAUUUGCAUCAUUAUCGGGAAAGCCCUCGGGGUAUGGAUUUUGUUUUUAGUAAUUUGUAUCCUCUGGAGGAUUGUACCUCCUCGUUACCCUCGGAAUAUCCCCGCCGUUCCCUUUUGGGUGACUCUGGCUUCCUUGUUUCGCGACAUUGACCAAGAGGAUAUCUACAGAAGGCAUAUCCAGAAGCCUCUCCAAACCCAUGGAGCGGUUAAGAUAUUUUUCGCAGGGCAAUGGAAUUUGCUUGUACAGCGUUCAAGGUAUCUGAACGAAAUCUUCAGAAACGAGGAAGUGUAUCAGAAAAGCGGGAACCAAAAAAAGAUUCCACACAGCGUUCUUGCUGAGUUUUUAGGUGAUAACGUCAUAUCUUCUCGAGGCACAACUUGGCGACUCUAUCGAGACAUUAUCACGCCGGGUCUUCAAGGGCACUUUGACACAGGUCUUAUAGCCGCAAAUGCAGAAGAGCUGUGUUCUUCGCUUUUGGCAUUCCAGGAUACAGUCGGGAACUGCGGUGUGCCUGUUCAGGAUCUUCUGCAACAGUUCACCAUCGCCAAUGUUUCCCAAGUACUCCUGCAGGCAAACCACACAACCACCAAAGGAAGCGAGCCAUCACUUCAUCAGCUACAACUAGCUGUAAAGAGAGAGAUCUUCAAACCCAUCUUCAUGAACUUUCCAGUCCUGGACAGAUUCGGUAAGCUGAUUCCGUGCCGCGUGAGAGCCCGAAACGUGGUGGAACAGUUCUCAGCCGCAUUGGAGCAUGGCGUACGGCAUGGACAGGGAACGCCCAAACCUAGUAACUUAGGGGCACGUCUAAUCGCUGCGAGAGAUGGUGGGGUACUUACAGCAAAGCAAUUCCGGGACAACCUGAACGUGCUUUUUGUCGCCGGACAAGAGAACCCGCAACUGCUCCUGAUUUCGAUGCUGUACUUGCUUGCGAAGCAUCCGGAUGCGCAAUCCCGUCUGAGGCAAGAUGUCGACGCAUGGAGUACGCCCAAUCCAUCAAACGUUGCUUUCAGCGAGCUUCCCUAUUUGACAUGCGUUAUCUAUGAGAGCCUCCGCCUCCUGCCGCCAAUAUCGCAACUGAUCAAUCGCAGGACGUCACAAGACAUCGUCUUAGGAAAUCGGAUCUACAUCCCCAAGGGCACAUACGUCGGAUACAACUGCUACUCUACCAACCGUGACCCGUCAAUCUGGGGACCGACAGCGGACGAGUUCCGGCCGGAGCGGUGGGGUCAGAGUAGCACGGAGAUAUCGCAGUGUUACCGUCAGAGGAGAGCCCGUGCGGAAUUCGUUUCUUUCCACGGUGGCAGCCGAGCCUGCUUAGGGGAGAAAUUCGCGCUCCUUGAGGCCCGAGUGGCGCUCUUUGUCCUGGUCAGCAGACUCUCAUGGUCGCUGGAUCCAGAAUGGCCAGAUCGGAAGACUCCGGCCGGUCCGCUGUACCCACGAGCUCUUCGUCUAAUUGUCACCGAACGGAAAUAA